UAGUGCAAGUACACUGCAUCACACACUUUUCUGGAAAAUCUUGUAAAACUAUGGACGUGUAUUUGUUCGUGAUAAAACUAUCACAUUCCUGUGACAUGACCAUAAUGUAUCAUGUCCUUGAUGUCUCGUAGAGAAUGGGAUAAGGAAUGAAUGAAGUACCUGUCUCAAAAAAAACAAACAAAAAAAAACAAAAAACAAAAACAAAAAAAAAACCGGUGAGAAAAGAAAGAGAGACACUCACUUUAUCGACAGUUUGGAUGAGGAAGAGCUUCAAACAAUUCCGUUUUCUGAAAGAAAAGGACGAACUGAAGAUGGCAACCACCAAGACUGUAAGAGGACGACACGUACAUUUGUCACGCGAAAUGCCGGAGCAUGAGAUUUCAUUCCUCUUUUCCAAGAUGAUAAUAUUUCUUUGCACAAUACUUGACUUGAAUUUUGCAGUAACUGACUGACAGUCCACUGUUGACGUCUGCUCUUUACUCCAAACUUCUCCCCACAAGCAGACGAUCUCUGAUUACUCCCCUUGACGCAGUUGCAGACGACCGUGUCGCCAGGUCGAGGGAUCCUGACUUUCAGCGAAAGCUCAGCUGUCUCCAAGGUGUCAACAAAUUAAUCAACCAAAAUUAUUAAACAUAAUAAUGACUUCAUCAGAGAAGACGGCUUUGCACUUAGGAUCAGAUCUGGAUGGCCUAAUACAUUCCCUGGAAUUUGAAAAUCACCAGUACGUGAAAAGAAUAGAGAAAGAAAACCAGAAAAUACUUUUACUUGAAGAACAGGAGAAAGAGAAGAACAACGAGAUUGCUCGCUUGCUCUCUCUGAUCGCAGAGCUGGAUGAAGACACCAAAAGAAACCACAAACAGUUGGUACACAACAAGAACACACUAGAGAGUCUGAAGAAGAGUAAACAGCUUUUAGUAGCUCAUGAGGAUGCUCUCUUGCAACAGCUUCAGAGUCUGCAGUUGGAGAACAAAGAGCAGCAGAAAAGACUUGAUGAGACACUGCAGAUGUACAAAAGUAUCUGGGCAGAUUAUGAUGCCAAGUACAAGUCACAGCCACUGGUACAGCAGCUGAAGGAGGAGGAGACUCGCCUCAAUGAGUCUGAGGCUCUUUGUUCCCAGUCCCUGCGGCAUAAACAGCUUCUGCAGAAGCAGAUCCAAACAGCUCAAAAUGAGCUGGAUUUCAAAGACUGGAAGAGAUUUUGUGUGAAGAUAGCAGGGAGAUGGUUAAACACCAGGAAAAUGGCAGAAAACAUUGCUGAGGUUCUACAGGAAAACAAAACUCUGAGAGACAAACUGAAGGAGACUUCUAACAAGGUGUCUGAAGCUGACGAGGCUAUGGACAUGGACCUGACCAAGCAUGAUGAAAAGGCUGAGGACACAAGGGACGUGAUCCUGAAACCUGGAUCCAAGACAAGUCUUGAGGAGUGUGAAGGCUGUGAGCAGGAGCAAGAAAGCUGUGAACAGUGGUCACUGAACAAAACAUUCACCAAGGACAGAUCUGCUACAGUCCUAUCAUCUGCCCCUCACACAAUAACUUCAGCCAGUCAGACACGUCAGCAGGCUUCUGUGCCACAGAUCAAAUUACCUGUCUCAAGAGCGGCAUCAGCAAUUUCCAAGAUCCCUACUGUUCGCUCUGCAGUGUCUGCAAUCUUAUCAGGUCCUAAACCUGCCUGUGAUACGAGGGACCAAAAACCAGCACCACAAGUUUCAUCGAAGGAGGUGCCCGGUGUUUCACGAAUACCAUUUCUCCAUUCACCCCAACCUCAAGCCCAGAAGAAUGGAAGCAGUGAGAAGUUUUGUGCAUCAUCACUGAAGGUACCACUAGUCUCUGCACCACUGAUGUUCUCACCACAAGUAAGAAUGGUCGCUGUUGGGAGGGGCAGAGGCACCACAUUCAGUAAUGUUUGCCUGCCUGCAGCUUCAGCAGCCUCUACUCCAGCCACCAUCCUGCCAGCUGCGAACACUAAUACUUCUGGCUCAGCAACCCAGGUUCCAAGCCUGGUGCAGUCUUCAGGUUCUGUGCAGAAUUGCUUGGCGCCUGUCAGCAGUGGCUAUGACUCUGCACAAAAGCCAAUGGCAACCAUGGGAUAUUCUUGCACGGCUUUGAGAACAACUUCAGAUGCUGGCGAUGCUCCUGUACUGGGCAACAAUGGAAACUCAGAAAUCCGAGGCCAUGGGGAGAUGUUGCCUGAAGAAUACAUGGAUAGCGAUGGAAAAGGGUCUCAGCUGUCAUCAGCCUCAGACUCAACUGACAAUCUCAAUCUGGAUGAGCCAUUUAGUCCUUUUGACAUUGAAAAGCAUCGAAAGAUUUUGAUGGAGUUAAAGACUUCCCCUUCACAAUUACUGCCCUUUAUGCAGCAUUCAGUGAGCAACAGUGGACAAGUUCAUGAUAAUGUACCACUGGCCCAUGAGAACUCUACCAACAAGAUGUUGCACUUAGAUGCUCCUGUCUUUAUGUUUGGCUUUGGAAACCAAGAAACAGCCUCGCAGCGCAAGUCACCACCACUUAGCAGCUUAAAGCCAGCAGGUGUCAGGCCAGAUACAUGUACUCAAGGCGUCUCCUUGCCUAGCUCCCAGGAGCAGCCUAGUGGAUCCUUCUUCAACUUCCAGUCCAUGGACUGCAGUGAUGGUGAAAACCAAGGUCUGAGCAUUCUCUCCAUAUUUGGUGUGUCUGGCACUCAGCCUUCACAGGACACAGUCUUUUCUUUCAACUUUAGAGAACCUGAAUCUGGGCAUACUCAAGACAGCACACCCUUCUCCCUCUUUCAGAAUAGUAAUAGAGAAGGGGAGAAAACAGACAAAGAUUCUAACUCUAUGUUUAGUCUCUUCUGAUUCCACUUUUCUGUUGUAUAAAGAGAGGCUUCAGUAAAAUAACGCAGAGUCUUCAAUUUUUCAUUGUGUUCUUCGUUUUUCUUUUGAGCUUUAAUUUGCUUUUCUUUCCUUUCCUUGAUGAAAAAUAGGAAACGUAACAUUUCAGAUUUUUGCAUGUUUGCAUUACUGUGGUUACAUUAAAAGUGUGUAAAUAAAAAUGCAAAACAUUUUUAAUGCUGUUAUGCAUGAUGUGGGCUGGCAUAGCGUGUUUUACAGUUUUACACCUAUGACACUUUAAUGAUGAGAGUGUCCGCCAGCAGUUAAUAGCAGAAAGUAUCAAUGCCUAUCACCUUUCCCUUGCUGCUUUCUCUUCUGGACAUCUCUACGAGGUCAGCAUUGUAUUUAUGGUUCAUGGUUAUUAAAAAUCGACAUAAAUUUUUACAGUCUUAAAAAAUUGUAUUUCCUUGGCUAAGUAAUUAUAACUUUCGUUGCUAACGCAGGUAUUUAAAAAUGGUAUUUUUGUAACACGAAAGACAUGAUCUUCAAAAGGUGUGAGGAGAGAGUUUCAGAUCAAGUGGAAAGAUGAGCAGAAAUCUGCAUGAACCUAGCUUCAAUCUAAGAUGGCAAAAUUUUGUGGCUUCCUAAAUUUAGGUAUUGUUUAUAUCUUGGCAUGAGCAGACCUGAUACUCGUUCUGAGAACUCCAGUAUUCAGAGAUAACUUUAUGCCAACAGGGAAGAAGCCACUUUACAUGUUGGUGCACGCAUUUUCUGUGUCUAUACUUUUUAUUGUGUUAAUAAAAGUAUAAAACAUCCUCACUGGCUACAGCAAUUUAUGCUGCACAUAUACAAGCAUUUGUGUACAUAUGUGCACAUGCACAGACAGAACAAAUAAAGGUAAUGACAUGGCGAUGAUAAGAGAAAACAGAUAACAAGAGAAAGACAAGAUUUGAAAAAGGUUUUGAAUGAAGCAAGAGUAGGUUUCUGGCAAACAUGGAAAGCAGCUUGUUGCAGCUAAGUGGACCACAGACAGAAAAAGAAUGUGGAACAAAUGUUGCCAGGCAAAGUUUUCUGAGAUGCAAAAAAGACCACUUCAUAAAGCCUUGUUGUGUAUUUUACACCACCUUACAUUUCUUCUACAUUGGUCAAGAAGACAGUUUUAUAUUAUGACAGUCAUUAUCACCAUUCCCUUGACAAUGGCCAGGUCCACAGCAAGUCAGCCCACCCAUGGGGCCAACUCGCAGGAUCCUGUCAUCAGGGGAACUUGACAAGACGCAUCGUGACCAGUCUUGUGCACCUUUUAAAAUGUCCAUCAUUGGGCGGCCUGUUAGUCCAUCAUAUUCGACAACCAGUUGUUCCUCUGCCUGUGCUAACAUCCUCCUCCUCCUUCCAUGUACCACUGGAAGACUGCCUUUGGUAAGGUGUCAUGUCUAGCAACACAGCUGAACUAGAGAUAUUAUUACCCAGCUAUAAUGAUCUGGAUGGCCUUAAAGUGUCCUCUAUAGAUAAAGACCUUCACCACCCCCAGGUACACUGAAGGCAAACUUCCGUAACCUUUCCAGUGCUAUGAGGGCUUCCGACACUGCCGGUGGUGGACCUGUUGUUUAGAAUAUUCAUCAUUGUCACUUCCAGCAUUGCCACUGACUCCAUCUCCACUGUGCCACAUCUGCAGCUUCCUUGCAUAUUUCGCCGGCCUGAUGACAACACGUUCACUGUAACUGGAGUGGUGGUACAUGUACAGUCCACUGUCAUAAAAUGCAGCCGUGAAUGGUGUUGGGAUAUUUUCUCAGUGAAAACAUUCUAGCGGAGUCAGACUACAUGUGAUAUGCAUUGGAGGGACCAGGAAAAAUGAACGUUUUAAUGAGGAAAACAUUAAUUCAAGUAAUAUAUAAUCAAGGGAUGAAAAGCGGUAUAUGGGGCUUUAGCUGAGACCUUUGAAAACGAACAUUAUACUGAGAAAAUCGUUACAUCCAGGAUUGCAAAACAGGUAUUACUGUACAUAAAUACAUAACAUAAAAAUGAUACACAAGUGUGCACAUGUGCAUGUAAGAUGAAAAGUAUUGAAAAAUAAGAUUAAAUUCUUGCAAUAACAACAACAAAAAACAAGCACCAUGAAAAAAUCACGUGAAACUUUUCAAGAAUUAAAUAAAAAUCAAGAAAAAAUACAGAUAUCAACACAUCUAUGGUAGUAUUUUGUCAGAAAUAGUUUAUUGUACCAAAAGUCUAAUCAUAAAGACAAUAAUGUGCAGAAAGUAUUCUGUGAUGAGUCAAGUGUUAACUAUAUCAAGCAAGUUUCCAGACCAGUAUUAUAUAUACCUUUCUCUCCAACAACUAACUGCAAUGCUGAAAUCCACUUUCAGGUAAAAACCUUGACUAGAUAAAGCCUGGAUUUUUGUUCAGCAUUGAUCACAUGCCAGAUCGCUGUCUGUGCAACAGAUAAAGCCUAGAGAACAGGAUGCAGGCAGAGGUUGGUGGGCGGCAGUUAAGAAAGGCACACUGUACAAAUGACUCACAGAGUCACAUCAUUAGCAGAGCUCAGCUGACAGGGGACAUACAUCAAAACAACUGUUCAGCAACAGAAUAGCUUUAGACACAACGCUCGUUGGGAUGCCCACUGGAAUGAAUAAUAACUUGUCACAAAUUAAACUAAAUCUAUGAAAUACCCCUGGAGUAAAUAUAACCUGAAACAUGUUACAGGUAAUUUAUGUUACUAUAAUAUUUACAGAUAAAUAUUUCACAGACUUAUACUUCAUGCUGACACAAGUCAGAAUGCUAGACGAUGGUAUGGUUUGUCAAUUCUAAAUUGCAUGGUAAAUAUCAAAAUUAUUACACCUCAUUGACAAGCUAAUUUUUUUCUUGUUUACUUAGCGAUGCUAUGAGACUCUUAAAUAGCCAAUACUUGACAAGAGAAUAGAUCACAUACAUUAUCCUUACAAAAAAGCAUGGCUAAUUAGAAAAACAUUUAAUGAAAAACUCUUACUUUUUCAGGUAAAGUAAUGAAGUCUAGAGACUGUAGGGACAGGUAAAUGUAAGGCAAACCUCAUGUCUAGAGUGCAUGCAAUAGAAAGAGGAGCCUUUCCUGUUCUCUUUACUUUCCAGAAUAAACCAGUUUCCCACCCUUGCAGUGCAACUGUGAGAUAAGCAAACACUCUUCCAGUCUAAAUAUUAUAAAGCUGAUGCUGGCUUUCACAAAAGGUUUGAUAAAGAAUACAGUAUGAAGCGUUAAGUCCCCACCAGAUUCUGUAUAUUGUCUAGUGGUUGUAAGCACGGUGGAGCUAGAACACAGUAUGACCUCGGGCAAGGCUGCAACAGGAACCAAUGGUGCAGUCCAUGUACCAACGUCAAGGGAAGCACCCUCUGUUGUUCACAACCACCUUUAGCUGUGGCAUAUUCCAACUCUUAUUGACAUAAUUUGUCCAUGUGCUCAAAGAGUAUAUUUGCAAACUAAGUCUUGAAGUAACCAGUCUUGACCUCAAGAAGUGCUCUACUUUUUCAAAGAUGUAAAAAUGAUACAACUUUUCAUAUCUGACUUUCCUUAAAAUGAAUUGUAUUUUUUGGUGAGAAAAUAUAUGAAGCAGAUGUACAUACUAAUGUAGAAAGAAAUGAUGGACAGAAAAUCCACUUGCAUGGUAAUGUACAUAAAAUUGUUGAAAAAGUUACAAGCAUAAUAUGAUGAUUAUACAAUUUCUCUUAAGACAGAGGUCAAACACCUCUCAGUCUCUUCACAAAACUUUUAAGAAAGUUCACCAGACAUCAAUAAUCAAGACAAGAUUAUUGCUACAGCUCCUGAGUAUUUUGUCAAGAUAACCAUAAAAGAACACAAGUUAAGUUUUGUGCACAAGAAUUUGCUGGCUAGCCUGGCAUAUAGUUACUUGAAAUUUUGGCUAAGAACACUUUGACAGCAAUAAAAGUUUUAGUGCAUGAAGUGAACUGGAACUUACCCAGCCCCUUUAGUUACCUUGCUGACAAUGCUAUCAUCCUUUUGGGUUUUCCACCAGAAAUUACUAUGGUCAUCUUUUGUCUACCUUCAGAAAUCUAGAUGAAAAUUACUAUUCCCACAUAUGUUAUUCUUUCCUAGCUAUUUCAAUUAAGAUGCUUUAGCUGAAAUCAUCAUAAGGGUUUCUGGCUGACCUUAGGUAAACAACAUGAAAACAGUGAAUUCCAGCAACUGGAAACUAAAUAAGCUACACUGAAUUGUUCAUUUAUGGCAUGCUAAGUUUUUCUUAAUACAAUAACUUGUUUAAAGUAGCAGCAGUUACGCCUUUUAUUCACCGUGUGCUGUCCACAGCAAAAACAAAAAUAAGAGUGCAGAACUGUGGAGGAGGGAGCAUAGAGUAUCAGGCAGAACUGAAGUGAAUAUUUAUUCAGGAAAACAAGGAUGUAUGUCAACACGGUCUGAGAGAUGAUCUGCUGACCCUUGCUACUGACCCCCCAUCACCAAUAAAGUUACUAGACAAAGCUAAACACGCGACCAACUCAGUAAUGUUGUAACUGAACAUUUUCAAUAUUGUGUGCAUAUGGGUGGGCAAGGAAUCAAGGCUUCAUAAAUCACAUAAAUGCAACCAAGAUGUUGCAACCUGAACUAUUCAUUACCAUACAAUGAUUUUGUAACCUAGCAACUUACAUAAUUUCACAGAUUUUCCCACUGUGCUAACCGGCAUUGAUCAGGACUGUUGAAGACUGUAUAUAUAUAUGAAAGAUUCCAGCAGUCAUACAACCAUAUUUAUCAAUAUUGGUUGGCAACAAACCUGCCAUAAACACAAUUUCUCAUCAGCUGUUACAACUAUUCUGCAAUCAAAAACGUUUGACAGUCAAGCUUGUACACUCUUUUCACAAGUACACUUAAUGACUUUCUUCCAAGAAUCAAAUUCUUUUGCAAGAUCUUCAAAACAAAAAAUCAUUGCUAAAAAAUUUGUAAGGGAACUAAAAAAAAAAAAUUGGUCUUUAACUCGUAGCUUUUUAAAAUUGUGGUACAUAUAUUUGUUCAUUACUUUGUGUUGUUUAUUAGCAUCAAUGCCCAAACUUAUUUUUAAUGCCUCUGUGUCCACAGAUCAUACUUCUGACAGCUCUGCCAAGAAGGAAUUCAGAGAAAACAAGACAAUAACCAUAGAUUAAUCUUUGUAAAAAGCCAAUACUUAUGACACAAAAAGUAACUUUUGGUCUAUAAAAACAAUCUUCACACACUUUUAACUUUUUUUAAGUACUCUUCCUCUCUUACUUGGAAAAGAACAAUAGAGUGAGACAAAGGAAGUUGAAACCACAUGGGCCUAACUGAAUGGGGCUGCCCAAAACCGGGUCCGAUGACGAGGUGUUGCAGCUCUGUACUCCUAGAGGAGUAACAAGGACUAAACUUCCUCUCUCGCUAAUCUUUUUAUCCUGCAUGUUUUGUAUUCAUGAACUGCUUCAGAUUUUUAUUUAUUCUUUUGUUAUUUACAUACCUUAUUUUGGGAGUGAGAAAGAGGCGAAGUUCAACAACUUACUAUUAUUGUGGAAAUACACUUCAUAAGAUCUUUUUUUGUUUUUCAUUUUAAGCUGAAAAAAACUUAGGUCUUGAACACUAUCAUAAUUUCACAAGCAAUAUUAUGCACAGUGUUUGCAAUUUUACUCUCUCUGGUGAAAUAAAGACCUUUCCAUUAAUGUAAAUAAUUACAAAUUUAUUACUAAUGAAUUUCAAAAAAAAAAAAAAAAAAAA